AUGUCGAUGCAAACGUCGGCUUCCGGAUCGUUGACGCAUCCACCGAGAACAGGCAAACUCGAGCACAGUCGACAGCCGUCCACCGCUCCUUCCACGUCCGACACUGACGCAGCCACAGCGAUGGCUGACGAAGACGGACUCAUCCUCGACCCGCGCGGUGGCGUUCCCAAACUGCGCUCGGCGCUGCAGGAUGCACGCGACUCGACGGGCGCGGCCAAGGGCAUCCUGCUCUCGCUCGGCUGGCUGGACCGUCUGCUGUCGCUGCUCAUCAUCCUCGCCAUGAUCCUCGGCGUCAUCAUCGGCGAAUUUGCACCCAACGUACAGCAGAACCUUUCGGCAGGCGACUUCCGGGGCGUCUCGGCACCGCUCGUCGUGGGCCUCAUCGUGAUGAUGUGGCCCAUCCUCACCAAGGUGCAGUACGAACGGCUGCCGCAGAUGUUCGCCACGCGCAGGCUGUGGUACCAGCUAGCCGUAUCGCUCGUGCUCAACUGGAUCCUCGGCCCGCUGCUCAUGCUCGGCCUGGCGUGGGCGAGUUUGCCCGAUCUCGACAACUACCGUGUGGGCGUCAUCAUGGUUGGACUGGCAAGGUGCAUUGCGAUGGUGAUGAUCUGGAACAAGAUCGCGCGUGGCGACAGCACCACCUGCGCCAUCAUCGUCAUCUUUAACUCGAUCCUCCAGAUCGUCCUUUAUGCACCACUUGCCGUGCUGUUCAUCAACGUCAUCUCCAACGACGACAACUUCCAGCUCGACUAUUCCGACGUUGCGAUUGCCGUGGCCAUCUACCUGGGCAUUCCACUCGCCGCGGGCGUUCUGACGCGCUUCGUCGUGCUGGGCCUGUUUGGACGCAAGUUCUUCCAAAACAGCUUCCUGCCCUACUUUGGCCCACUCUCGCUCGUCGCGCUGCUGUAUACGAUCAUCAUCAUCUUUGCCGAACAGGCGCAGCAUAUCCUCGACAACCUCGGCCCGGUCUUCCGCACGUUCGUACCGCUGGUGCUGUACUUUGCUCUCAUGUGGACGGGCAGCUUCGUGCUCAUCUGGUGGCUCUCGCUGCGGUAUGGAAAGCAGGAGUGGGGGUACCAGAUGGCUGUUGUGCAGGCGUUUACCGCAGGAAGCAACAAUUUUGAACUCGCCAUCGCCGUGUGCGUCGCCGUAUUCGGCGUGGGCUCCGACCAGGCUCUCGCAGCAACCAUCGGUCCGCUCGUAGAGGUGCCGGUCCUGUUGGUGCUGUCUUGGAUUGCCAUGUUCGUGGGCAAACGUCUUCAGUGGGACCGCGACUGGGACGCCAAACGCGCAUCACAGCCCGCCCAGACUGCCGACCCAGAAAAGUAG